AUGAGAGCUGCGCCAACGUCAGUCAAUGCCCCCCCAUCUUUGUCCCGCCGCCGCCCUCAACUCGCGCGCUUAAUAAACACACUUUUGCUGUACCUCCAACCGUCCCGCUCAACGGCAGACAGAAAGACAGAACGACCAGACAGGCAAGGCAGCCCGCGCCGCGCACGGUUUCGGUUCGGUGCAUCGUCAUACCAACCACAACGACGACGACGACGACGACGACGACGAAAAGCUCUGCCCCGCCGUCAAAUGCUCGCACGCCUGUCGCAAGUCGCCAGACACGUAUCCGGCGGCCCAACGACGAGGUCGUUUUUCGUUUCUCAGUCUCUGCGGCAUCAGCGACCCUCGUCGGCAGUCAUCGCUGCCGCCGCCAUCAUGGCCGACGAGCGCAGGACGCGCACCAUCCACACGGCGGCGUGCCUGAUUAUCGGGGAUGAGGUCCUGGGAGGCAAGACGGUGGACGUGAGUCGCGCACAGCAGCAGCAGCAGCAAGGCGUCGAGCCGAGCCAUGACAUGACAUGA